UGUCGGCUCGAUCAUGUGAUCAGCUGUGUCCAAUCACAGCUGAUCGCAUGGCACUGAUGAUCAGUGUAGCCCCAGCAGUGCCACCUGUCAGUGCCCACUCAAUGUCAGCUGUCAUUGCCCAUCAAUGCCACCUGCCAGUGCCCAUCAGUGCACAUCAAUGCCACAUAUCAUUGCCCAUCUGAGCUGCCUUUCAGUGUCACCUAUCAGUGCCACCUAUCAAUGCCAGUCAAUACAACCUAUCAGUACUGCCAAUCAGUGCCACCUAUCAGUGCCUCAACAGUGCUAACACCUAACAGUGCCACCUAACAGUG